GUCUGGUCUCUCCUCUCUCUCUCUCUCUUUCUUUCCACCCAAAAAACCUACCGUCGCCUGCGAAUCACAACUUCGCCUCAAAUUCUGAUCUAUUCGCAACGAAACCUGAACAAGCCGAGCGAUAAAUCCAAUCGCAUGAUCGAUCUGAUCUGAGGCGAAUAGAAUCAGAUUUUAUGAGCGAUGUUCAGUGAUCGGCGGAAGCGGGACAUGGCCAAUCAUGGAACAGGGAACAACAACAACAACAAGUACCUGAACAACAACAACAACAAAUCUUCUUAUGGCAGAGGAGGAGGGAGUAUGGUGGUUCUUUCACGUCCCAGAAGCUCUCAAAAUGCUGGGCAGAAGCUCUCUGUUCCACCCCCCUUGAACCUCCCUUCACUCCGUAAGGAGCAUGAGCGUGUUGAUUCCUCUGGCUCCAGCUUCCUCUCAGGUGGAGGCGUCUCCGGGAGUGGAGCUAGACCAGCUUCCUCAGGGAUGGGGUGGAGUAAGCAAGGGAAGCUUGAUGAACCUUUGGUACAACGUGCUGUGGAGAAAGUUUCAACCCUGAGGGGUGAGGAUUUCCCGUCUCUUAAGGCCUCUCUGCCUUCAGCUUCUUCUGUGUCUGAGCAGAAACACCACAAGGAUGGUUCGAAUCAGAAUCAGAAACAGAAACGGGAAGAGUUUCCAAAAGAGACCAGAGUUGUGACUUCUUCACUUGUAGAUGUGAGACCUCAGAACCGGUUUGGUAAUGAAGAGUUCAGUGAGAGACCAAGUUUUUCAGAUGGUGUGAAGAAAAAGGAUUAUCUUCUUCCAGGGCCAUUGCCUAUUGUUCGUUUGAAUCCACGCUCUGAUUGGGCUGAUGAUGAGCGUGACACUAGUCAUGGCCUAAGGGAUAGAGAUUAUGGGUAUUCAAAGAAUGAACAACCAGUAGUAAGGGAGGCCAAUGCUUGGAGAGUCUCCUCACCUGAAGUUACAAAUAAUAAUAGUAAUAAUAAUAAUAAUAGAGGUAUUUAUGGAGCAAGGCCGUCUAGUAGAGGCAGAGAAGGUCUUAAGAAAAGUAACUACGUCUUGUCAGGAUCUAGAGAAAAUGUCUGGAAUAAUAAUAGCUCUGGAGCUAGAGAGGCUCCUUAUCAGCAUGGAGGAAGGCAACCAUGGAAUAAUAAUAAUAAUAUGGCGAGUUAUGGAAUUGAUCAUCAGAAUAAUAGGGAUAAACGCCCUUUGUUCAAGAAUGACAACAAAGCUCAUGUGGAAGAUCACUUUGGCGACUCUGGUUUUGAUGUCCAUGAUCCAUUCCCAGUACUUGGUGUUGCUAAGAAGAAGAAAGAGGCUUUGAAGCAGACAGAGUUUCACGAUCCUGUCCGAGAGUCAUUCGAGGCUGAACUUGAGCGAGUUCAGAAGAUGCAGGAAGAAGAACGCCGGAGGAUCAUUGAGGAGCAGGAAAGGGUGAUUGAAUUAGUUAGAACAGAAGAAGAAGAGAGGCUGCGGCUGGCUCGAGAGCAAGAUGAGCAGCAGAUCAGAUUAGAAGAAGAAGCCAGAGAAGCUGCUGUUAGAAACGAGCAGGAGAGGUUAGAGGCUGCGAGGAGAGCAGAAGAGUUGAGGAAGUCAAAAGAAGAGGAGAAACAUAAGUUGAUCAUGGAGGAAGAGAGGAGGAAGCAGGCUGCGAAGCAAAAGCUUCUAGAGUUGGAAGAGAAGAUCUCCAGGAGACAAGCUGAAGCUGCCAAGGGAUGCAGCAACUCUUCAACUGUUUCAGAGGAUGUUGUUAAAGAAAAAGAGUCUUCAGAUGUUGAUUGGGAAGACAGUGAGAGGAUGGUGGAUAGAAUUACUACAUCAUCGGUAUCUAGAGAUGGUUCUUUUGGGUUCCAGGAUAGACAGAAGCCCUUUUGGAGAAAGGAAGAUGUUGAGAGUGGAGGCAACUCGAGGUUUAUGGAGAAUGUUCCACAGAGAGAUGUAGGUGAAGGUUUUCCCAAGGAGUUCUUUGGGACAACUGGAUAUAUCAGUAAUGCCAAUUCCUACUUCAAACCUGGUUUUCCUGAGCAAUCAGUUGAUCAGAGUUGGAGAACUCCUGGUGAUGGAAGAUCAUACGGUAGUAGAAACUAUGGUAUGGAACAACCGGAACCUCGUGAAGGUUUUGGAGGGGAGCAGUAUGGUAAUCCCGGGUGGGGACAAGGCCAGAGUCGUGGAGGACGUCGUGGUGGUGCAUACGCAUAUCCUGAAAAGUUGUAUCCGAAUAAUGAGGAGGAUGAUUAUUACCCUUUUGGAAGACCAAAGUAUUCAGUUAGGCAGCCACGUGUGCUUCCUCCUCCGCAGGAGUCUAGGCAGAAGUUGCCGCCCUUCAGAAACGAGGUUGAGCAUCCUGGCGGCCCCUCAACUUCUGUUCUAGCCAGUUAUAUUGGGGAUCUUCAAGAUCAUCAUGUGAUGUCAGGACCUGGUAUGGAUUUCGAUAGCAAGCUGACUGGAAGAUGUGACUCUCAGUCUUCACUUUCCAUCACCAGCACACCUGAUUCCCUUGUUCAUAUCUCUCAUGAUGAUUUGGAUGAAUCAGGAAACUCAUCUGUGUUAGUAUCUUCCAGAAAGGGAGAAGUAGAUGCUGGAAAGGAUAGUUUGAUGACUGUAUCUUGUUGGGAUAAUGAAGAGUGGGCUCAUGACAACAAUGAAAGGGUUCAGGAACAAGAGGAAUACGACGAAGAUGAAGAUGGAUACCAGGAGGAGGAUAAAGCACACGGGGUUGAUGAGAACAUUGAUCUUACCCAAGAGUUGGAAGAGUUGCAUCUCCAAGAGAAAGACUCUAACCUAGUCUUAGGCUUUAACGAAGGAGUCGAGGUUGAAAUACCUAGUGAUGACUUAGAGAAAUGUCAACAGAAAGAAGCCUUUGCACUUCCUCAACACCCUGACAGUUUCUUAGAUGGUGAAAGACCUUCUGUUGAGACAAGCUGUUGUGAUGAACAAGCCGUCAAACCUGUUGAAAUUUCUGAUAAUGCAUCUACGAGCUUUCAAGGUACUGAAACCACAAUGCAGAACUCAACGAGUUACCCAACCGUUGCUAGUCAUCGUGUCGCACCACCUUACAGCAUUGGUCUGCACCAGUCAGCUACACCACAUGUACCUUCUACUUCAGCGCAGAUGGAGGAGCGUGUUCAGUUUCAGUUUGGAUUGUUUUCUGGUCCAUCCCUGAUACCUUCUCCUUACCCUGCUAUACAGAUUGGUUCCAUCCAGAUGCCUCUUCCUAUUGAUCCUCAAUUCGGCUCCUCGCUUACUCAUAUCCAACAGCCUCAGUCACCAUUCAUUCAGUUUGGUCAACUAGGAUAUACAUCUCUAAUAACCCAAGGGGUACUGCCACCACCACCACAACCUCAAAAUCCUGGAUCCAUAGCCACUGGCCUGCUUGGUCAAGGUAGAAAUGCGGCAGUCCCUGCCUCAAACCCUCAGAUCAGUGUUCUUAGGAGACCAGUGGAUGUUUCUGAUGGUGACAAACUAAAAAGUGCCAGCGUUGAGGUUGCUGUGCCACCACCUCAUAAGCAAGGAGAGUUCUCUGGUAACAAGUCCGAAUCAGCCUCUCGAAAAAUGAGUCAUGGAAGAUCAAAUUUUGCUGAUAGACAAUCAGGAAGCCAAGUAGUUAGUAGAAAUUCUGGUGGCACUGGUGAGGUUUCUCGGGGAGACUCUGGUGGUUAUAGAAGGUAUCAACGUCAAAGGGUUGAGUUUAGGGUUCGGGAAUCAAACUGGCCUUCUGAGGAGAAUCGAAAUGGGAAUGGAAAGGCACAAAACUACGCAAAAAGUGGGAGUAGGAAGUAUGUUGUGUCCAAGUCCCAGAAACAAGCCUCGGAUAGUUCAGUGUCUGGUUUGAAUGCUGUGGAGAAAGUUGAAGGUCCUAGUGGUGAUGAUGAUGAUGAUUUUAUUGAGGUGAGAUCAAAAAGACAAAUGCUUAAUGAUCGUCGUGAACAGAGAGAGAAAGAAAUCAAGGAAAAGUCCCAGGCGUCAAAGGCAUCCCGGAAACCUCGUACAACUUUACAGAACAGUACAGCUGCAGCCAGGUCCAACAGAAGUCCACCAGCUGGUAGAGUUGCUAACACUAAGCAGAUUAAUUCUGUCCCCAAUAGACAGCUGUUAGCCCCAAUUGGCACACCUUCCCCUAAAACAGAUUCUCAUGCUGAUGAAAAGUCUGGGAGCAGCAGAGAUAUCCCUAAUCAGAAUCCAGCGUCAAGUUUUGUAUUCAGCAACAACAGUAAGGUUGUGGAAAAUAUUCAAACGUCUGUGGGGACUUGGAGCAACCAACUCACCGAUCAGCCGGUUAUGGCCCUAACUCAGAGUCAGCUUGAUGAAGCCAUGAAACCUGCAUCCCUUCUUUCAUGUGUUUCUGUUGCGAAUGGUGUCACCCGAAUUAGCGAGCCAAAUCCUAAAUCAACCUCUGUCCCCCCGAAGAACAAUACUUUUCCAAGCCCAAUGAAGUCAUUGCUUGAAGAAGGCAAAAUUCAAUUUGGGGCAGUUACAUCUUCCUCUGUUAUUCCUCCUUGUGGUGAGAACAAUACUUCUUUAUACUUUGAAAAGGAUAGAACCCCAUCAUCCACUGGCAUUGAGAUUUGUGAAGCAGAAGCUGCUGCGUCAGCCAUUGCAGUUGCAGCUAUAACUAGUGAUGAAACCAGUGGGAGUACUGGUUCUGUAUUACCUGCUGAUACCAAAAUUUAUGGAGGAACAAGUGGCACUGUUGUGGCGCAGCCUAGUCUAUCAAAAGCUGAAGAGUCUCUAAUUGUUUCUCUCCCAGCAGAUCUUUCAGUGGAGACCCCAGUCUCUCUGUGGCCACCAGUGCCAAGUCCACACAACUCAAACCAAAUGAUCACUCACUUUCCUCAAGCCCCUCCUCAUUUCCCUUUCUAUGAUAUGAAUCCCAUGUUAAGAGGACCUAUCUAUGCUUUUGGCCCGCACCAUGACUCGGGAGCAAACCAACAACAGUCUCAGAAAGGUCCAGGGACAGUUUCCGGUCCACCUACGACGUGGCAGCAGCAGGGUCAUCAGGGAGUAGAUUCCUUCUAUGCUCCUGCCGGUUUCACUGGUCCUUUCCUGACCCCACCUGGUACUAUGCCUGGCGUUCAAGGACCUCCUCACAUGUUUGUCUAUAACCACUUUGCACCUGUUGGACAGUUUGGAGGGUUGAGUUUCAUGGGCACAACUUACAUCCCAUCUGGGAAACAACCAGAUUGGAAACACAACCCUAUGGUGUCUUCUUCUCCGGUUGGAGGAGAUGGUGGUGAUGUAAACAACCCAAAUGUGUCUCCCAUGCAGUGUAACGUUGUGCCUGCAUCUAUGCAACACCUUGCUAUGCCUUCCCCUCUUGCCAUGUUUGAACCAUCCCCUUUCCAGUCUUCUUCUUCUCAGGAGAUGCCUGUUCGAGCAAGGUGGCCUUAUAUGCCAUUUCCGGGUCCUCCGACAAUGCAAAUUCAGAAUCAACAGGAAGCAGUAGAUGGCUCACCAUCUCAGUUUAACAACAACAACAUGCUUCCUCCUCCUGCUAACAGAUAUCCAAACAACCAAACAUCCACGGUGGCAGAUGCAGUGGACUCCUCAAACUCUUACGGUUCUGCUUCACAACCAAAACCCAUCACCACCUUGUCCGAUCCCAACAGCAACAACACUCAGAAUCCAACUGGUCCUGCCUUCAAGCCACCACCACCACCACAACAGCAACAACAAUCCUCCCAGGAGAAGAACACACAAUCUCAGCAUGUUGGUGUGUCCAGCCACCACAAUCAACACCAACACCAGCAUAACAACAGGAGGUCAGGCUUCCAUGGGAGAAACCAGGCCAUGACUAGAGAGAGAGGCUACCAUAACAACACAAAGGUGAAGCAGAUUUACGUGGCUAAGCAGAGUAGUAGUAACAGCAACGCAUCUGCAUCUGCCUCUGCCUCUUCCACCACAACAACUUCGCCUUCAAUAUGAUUCGUGGUCGUUAUCAUUAUCCAUGUCCGUUUAAGAUUAUAUGAACACAGCCAAAUAACAUAAGCAGCUUUGGCUUCAUAAGGAGAUGUCCUUUUUUUGUAUUUCUCAUUGGAUAAAAAUAGAUUGUCUUAUUUACUCGUUUGGGGUUGCACUAUAUGGAACUUUGGUAUUAUUAGUUUUGAAUUUAUGUUUUGGGUGAAAUACCCAAUUUAUUGUUCCAAUGUUUCCCCAUAAUAUAUUUCUUGUCAACAUUGUCUUAAAUUCUUUUUACAAAUCAAC